AUGGCGUCUGGACAAGAGGCAGCUCUUAAGAAACAGCAAGACCUCCAAUCGCAGUACACGAACUACAAAAACACCCUCCAGUCGCUUGCGCAGAAGGUAGGCGAGAUUGAACAAGAGAUAGAGGAACACAAGUCAGUCACAUCCAUCUUGUUUCGACAAGUCUUUGGGUUAUGUUUAAUUUUCAGACAAGAGAUGUCCAAUACUGACAGUUCGGCUAUGGGUAGACUCGUCAUGGAAACACUUGAACCACUCCCUCAAGAUCGCAAAUGCUUCCGACUAAUAAACGGAGUCCUCGUCGAGAGGACUGUCAAAGACGUUUUGCCCGCCCUCAAGACCAAUUCAGACGGACUGAAGCAGGUCUUAGAAGAACUACUCAAACAAUACAAGAGUAAGCAGGAUGAGAUGGACAGAUGGAAGGCGAGUUUGUGA